CACACUGGCGCACACGUUCGAUGAAGAAAGAGCCACGACUGCACCUCACCCCGUGGCACGCACAGACCGGUGAAUCAAAAGGAGCAGGCGGCACCGAUCACUCCACGGCGCGUCCACGCCAUGGCCUCCGCCCAGCCCCUCCGCGCCCUCAACCUCAAGGCGUUCGACGAGACGAGGGCAGGCGUCAAGGGCCUGGUCGACGCGGGCGUCACCGCCGUCCCGUCCAUCUUCCACCACCCGCCGGAGUCCCUCACCCACGGCGCGCCUCGACCUCAUCGCUUCACCGUGCCGGUCAUCAACCUGUCAUCCGCCGUGGGCACCACCACCACGCGGGCCGCGGUGGUCGCGCAGGUGAGGGCGGCCGCGGAGACGUUCGGCUUCUUCCAGGUGGUGGGCCACGGCGUGCCGGAGGCGGCCACGUCGGCGAUGCUGGCGGCGGUGCGGGGCUUCAUCGAGGAGCCCGUGGAGGCCAAGGCGCCCUACUACACCCGGGACACCGGCCGGCGCGUCCGGUACCAGAGCAACCUCGACCUGUUCCAGUCGACGGCGGCCAACUGGCGGGACACGCUCUUCGUGGAGAUGCUGCCGGAGCCGCCGGCGCCCGAGGAGCUCCCGGCGGCGUGCAGGCGCGUCGCGCCGGAGUACGCGCGUCUGGUGCAGCAGCGGCUGGGCCGCGCGCUGCUGGGGCUGCUGUCGGAGGCGCUGGGCCUCCGCCCCGGCAACCUGGAGGAGGAGCACGGGUGCCUCGAGGGGCUCAGCCUGGCAUGUCACUACUACCCGGCGUGCCCGGAGCCGCACCUCACCCUCGGCACCCCGCGGCACACCGACGCCAGCUUCCUCACCGUGCUGCUCCAGGACGCCGUCGGCGGCCUGCAGGUGCUCGUCGAUGUCGAGGACGCGCCGGCGUGGGUGGACGUGCCGCCGGUGGCCGGGGCGCUGGUGGUGAACGUGGGCGACUUCCUGCAGCUCAUGUCCAACGACAGGUUCAAGAGCGUGGAGCACCGCGUGGUGUCCAACGGCGUGGGGCCACGGGUCUCCGUGGCGUGCUUCUUCCGGACGGACCGCGCCGCCGCGCCGACGAGGGUGCUAGCGCCGAUCAUCGCCGACGGCGAGGAGGCGCGGUACAGGAGCACGACGGUGGAGGAGGUGGUCCGGCAGUACUACAAGGUCAAGGGCCUCGCCGGCAUCUCUGCACUCCAGCACUUCAGGCUCUGAACCUCAUGACUGAAUCCUCCAAACUUGUAUAUUCACUCUGCUAUGUCUACUCUGCACCGUCAUCCGGCCAUGCCGACUGAAUUUUGAUAGCAAUACAAAUAGUAAUACAAAUCAAAA